CAGGGCAGCAGAUCUCUACAUCCGCAGUCACAUGACCAUUACCGCCAGCGCUUUCGACUUCUAACAUAAAGCAAAAAGGGCAUUAAAGCUAAGCUAAAACGAGAAGAUUAAUUGUGUGUCAUGCUGGGCGAAAGCUUUCUCCGGGUUUUGUGUUACAAGGAGGAAAAAAAGUGUGCUUCCAUGGGACACACGUUGGAGACAAGUUUGGUGACGACACAGACGGAUAUUCAACAAAGAGAUGCAGACCAGCAGGAGUGGGUGAAAAGACAUGGAGUGAGAGAAGCAGCUUCAGGCCUUUCUAUCCCUGGGUGUUCAUCUGUUCACACCCCUGAAACUGACAUGACACUUUGCUCAGGCCCCUGCAGUCUCCUGGAUCAUUAUCCCGACCUCCAGGUGGUUGAUUCGGGCCUCAUCUCCCACAACACUUUAAGAACAAGCACCCUUCAGCAAGAUCUUUUCACCUUUGUGACCCCGUCAGAGCAUGCAGAGCACAAGCAGCUGCUUUGCAUGUCUAGUUCAUCACUGCCAGACCAGGGCUAUCUGGUUAUGAGUGAUGCUGCAAACACCAGCUUGGGCGUGCCUGCCUCUCAGUUGGAGCCCAUGUCCAAUUCCCUGCUGAAUGGACUUCUGGAAAAACAGCUGGAGGAGGUUUACCUACAGCACCUGACUGACAACCUGGCUCGAUGCAACUCGCACCUGGGGAACAGCCUCCUGCAUGGCCUGGUGCCUCCUCUGCAGCCCAGUGACCACCAACAGGACUGCGACUUACUGGAGUCCAAUAUGGAAGAGGCACCAGGAGGAGAACGGGGCAAGAAGUUAAAUUACCUGAGCAACCUAAACUUAGCUCCUUGCUCGUCCAACUUUAGUACUCCAGUGCUGCGCAUUUCUGAGAAUGUUCAUCCACAAUAA